AAAACUAAUUCCUUGUGUGAUGUUGUCGGCAGAUGGAUCCCGAAAAGCCCACUGUAGCCGAGGAGGUUAGAUUGAAGCGGCUUCUUCAAUUUAGUAACCUCCUUGCCGGCGGUGCUGCGUCUACGGCUGCCCGAUCUUCAGCCUCAAGUUCAAGCAGCACGAGAGCAACUGUUGGUCCAUCUGCAGCUGCUGGCUCGGCAGCCCCGACCGUCCAUGGGGGCUACACUCUUGGAGCUUCCUCAUCUGUCGGCUCUUCGUCGGCUCCACCUGUUGCCCCAUUUGCUGGGGGCUCCACUCUUGGAGCUUCCUCAUCUGCUGGCCUUUCAUUGGCCCCACCUGUUCCAACAUCAUCUGGGGGCUACACCCUUGGAACUCUAUCUGCUGGCCCUUCGUCGGCCCCACCUGUUCCCACAUCUUCUAGGGGCUACACUCCUGGAGCUUCUGUCAGCUCCUCCGCACCUCGAGAUGUAUUAUCUUCAGGAUCAGCUUCAGUAAUUAAUCCUCGAUCUAGCUGUCCUGUCGAGGGAUCUAGUGGUGCCGCUGUCAUGUUCCUCAAUGGUUCAGACUCUGCAGAUCUGUCGAAGAUUCUUCAGCGUCUCUUGCAGUCAGCUGCAGCAAUUCGUCCUGGUUUGGAUGCAUGUUCAACACAGCAACUUCCCCGUCGCCAGCCUCUGCAGGAGCUUAACCCAGGUAACAUGGUAGCAUUGUAUGCAAUAACUUAGUUCACUAUGCAGUGAUG